CUACUUGUCGCUAGCGGCGCUUCCGGUCUCUACCAGGCCACUUCCGGGUUUCCCCGGUUUGACGGUUUGGGCGCGAAUCUCGGCGAGUCCGGCUCGCUGAAUGGUUCGCGGGGAGCGGUCGCCCGUCGCGGGACCCGGCGCAGCCUCGGAGCUUAGUGUCUGGCCUUGAGGCUCCUGCGGUCGGCGACCGCCGGCGUCACUGUCCAGAGGUCAGCAUUGGGCUUGUGUUUUGCCACUCGCGGUGCUCACGUCUUCUGCCCUCGCCGAGGUCGAGACUGAGAGCCUUGGUUUCCGCGAGUAUCAGCAAGCUGAUACCAUUAUAUUGGCUGGGCCGCAAAAAAUAUUCGUAGUGGGCCACACGCAGGCCGCACGUUUGACAUGCUUGCUACAGACUCUGCAUGGUGUCAUGUAUCAAUAUUUUUUGAAGCACUGUUAGAAUUGUUCUAUUUAGAUCAAGAUGUCUAGCAAAGCAAAUGCUUCCAAGAAGAGGUCUCAACAGUUAAAAAGAAAUCCAAAAAGAAAAAUUGUUGAUAAGGAAGUGGAGUUAUCAGAGAAAGAGGUUAAAAACACAGUGAAAAAAAAUAAAAAUCAUCCAAAGCAUCUGUCUUCUAAAGGACAGACAGAGCAAACUAGUCUAAAACAGGUAAAGAUAGCAUCCAGCAGGAGGAAAACCUGGCAACCUCUUUCGGAGAGCAGCAGAAAGCAUUUGCAAACUCUGAUGGAAACAGUCAUCAUAGCAAUUUUGAGUAACAAAAGUAGAGAAAAUGAACAAAUUCAAUAUCAUCUCAACUGCCUGAAGAAAAGAUUGCUACAAAUGUUUGAAACCCUAAAAGUCCCUCCCCCAAAACUGAAAGAUUUAACUAAUAUGUCAAGUCUACUGAAAAUGGAAAGGGCCCGUCACAGAGCCAAUGAAGAAGGCCUGGCGUCAUUGCAGGAAGAAAUAGAUAAAAUAGUAGAGACCACAGAGGCAGUGACUGGGGAUAUCCAGAGCCUAAAGAACAAAAUUCAAAUUCUGACAAGUGAGGUGGAAGAAGAAGAGGAGAAAUUUAAACAGAUGUUUCAAAUAGAUAGCAGUGAUGUACUCUCCCUUCCAGAACUUUCUCAGAAGAGUCUCAAAGCACCCACACUUCAGGAAGAAAUUCUGGCACAAAUUCCAAACCAGAAUGCUCUUCUGAAGGACUUUGAUGUUCUCCAUAAUUCGUCUCAGACAAAGAACAUGCUAACUUUCAUCGAAGAAGCCUAUAAGAGACUGGAUGCCUCUUAAAGAAUGUUUUUAAGUUAUUCCACAUUAAUUUAUAAUGUUUAUAAGUUUUAAAACUGUUAACCUGAUAUUUCAGAGGCUAAGGCUUCUUUAAGGUUUAUUGUUUCCUAAUAUGGAGCUUAAAAUGAGCCUCUGUAGAUCUACCAUUAGCAUCUAGUGUAGUCCUGAAAACUGGUUUUAGCAGUUGCCACGUCCAGGAGCUCACAUUUUUGUUCCAGUUAUUUACCUGACACUGUAAAAUAAGAACAGUCAUAGUCCACUGAUUUAUAGGCUAGAUAAAGCUCAUUUAUUGAUUAGUGCAGAGGAAAUUUGAUACUGUGACUUAAUAUAUGUAAAGUGUUUAAAGUACCUAGUUCAUAAAAACGUUUGCUCUCAUUAUUAUUCUUUAGCUGAUGACUUACAUUUUCUGCCUGGUCAUCUGGAACUUGAGAAAUCUCCAAAUGCCUUUACUUUUUUACAUAACUCUCUAGACUUUGCGGUAUAAUUAAGAUUCUCCAUGUGUCUUUAACUUUGGAGGUAGCACGAACAUUUCUUUGGUUGGUUUAGUGUAUAGAUGUUGCAUACUUAUUUUCCCUUACCAUCAAAUCAUACUUUCAUUUCAUAAAAUUAUUAAAGUGGAACAUAAACAGAUUUACUCCCUUAAAAACCAAACAAAAGUGAAUGUUCUUUCCUCAUUGUGAUUAUAAUAUGUAUA